AUGUCUUCACCACAGCAACGUUUGAACUCUGUCGCCAACCAAUUGGCAGCUCCUGGCUCGGCCCGCCAGAAGGUUCUCGCGAAGAACGCCGAUGAUAUUGUCAUCACUUAUCUCGCUCGCACGCCGCUCACCAAGGCCCGUAAGGGUGGUCUGAAGGAUACCACCGUCGAUGACCUCCUGGUGUCCCUCCUCACGACCGUCCGCGAGAAGUCCAAGCUCGACCCGAACCUCGUCGAAGAUGUCUGCGUUGGCAACGUCCUCUGCCCCGGUUCCGCAUAUGUUGCCCGCUCCGCCGUCCUGGCAGCAGGAUACCCCGUAACGGCCGCUGCAUCCAUUGCCAACCGAUUCUGCUCAUCCGGUCUCCUCGCUAUCCAGAACAUCGCCAACCAAAUCAUCGCUGGAUCGAUCGAUGUUGGAGUGGCCGUUGGUGCUGAAAGCAUGAGCAAUAACGCCGAUGGCGGCGCCCCCGAGAUGUCCGAGCGCAUCGCCAAGCACCCCAUUGCUUCGCAGAACUCCCAGCCCAUGGGCCAGACUUCGGAGAACGUCGCCAACCAGUUCAACAUCUCGCGCGAGCAGCAUGACAAGUUCGCCGCGAAGAGUUUCCAGAAGGCCGAGCGCGCCCAAAAGGCUGGCUGGCUCGAGGAUGAAAUCGUUCCCGUCAAGACUCAAAUUAAGGACCCCAAGACUGGUGAAGUUAAGGACAUUGUUGUUGACCGUGAUGAUGGUAUUCGUUACGGUACUACCCCCGAGUCUCUCAGCAAGGUCCGUGCUGCGUUCCCCCAGUGGGCUCCCAGCGCUACUACCGGAGGUAACGCCAGUCAGAUCACUGACGGUGCUGCUGCUCUGGUUUUGAUGAAGCGGUCCCGUGCUCAGGAGCUUGGACAGCCUAUCGUUGCCAAGUUCUGCGGUGCUACCGUUUCUGGUCUCGAGCCUCGCAUUAUGGGUAUCGGACCAUCUCUGGCCAUCCCUAAGAUCUUGAGCAAGUUCAACUUGAGCAAGGAUGACGUUGAUAUCUUCGAAAUUAACGAGGCCUUCUCCUCGAUGGGUGUCUACUGUGUCAGCAAAUUGGGCUUGGAUGAGUCCAAGGUCAACCCUCGUGGUGGUGCGAUUGCCUUCGGUCACCCUCUGGGUGCUACUGGUGCACGCCAGGUCGUCACUGCUUUGUCCGAGCUGCGCCGACAGGACAAGCGCAUCGCCGUGACCUCCAUGUGUGUGGGAACUGGCAUGGGUAUGGCCGGUAUCUUCGUUUCUGAGCAUUAA